UUAAAUCGGAAUUAAAGCCUUAAAGUGAGAGGAAAAAAUUUAAAUUUAAAAGCAGGAAUUAAAGUAAUUUAUGCUACGAAGUUGUGAAGAAGGGUUUGAGGGAAAAAAACCGCGCGUUUGAGGAGUAAAAAAAGGGCUUUGGGGGGAUUUUGCGAGAGGUUUGGGGUGAAAUUUCGCAGGUUUGGAGCGGUUUGAGGAAAGAUCUAAGGAGAUUUGAGGAUUUGAGGAGCCCCAAAAUCCUUUAAACCCCCCCAAAAAUCUGCUGCUGGUGCUGAAAAAUUGAGUUUCUCCCGGUUUUUCCCGUUCCGGAUGUGGCGCCCCGCUCUGCCCGGCUCCCUCCGCGCCGCUCUCGGGGCGGCCCCGCUGAGCUCCGGGGGGACCCCGCGAUCCCUGGAGGGCAAAGUGGCGCUGGUGACAGCGGGCACCGACGGGAUCGGACUGGGCGUGGCCGAGGCGCUGGGCGUGGCCGGGGCCCGCGUGUUCAUCAGCUCCCGCCGGGCCCAGAACGUGCAGAGAGCCGUGGAGCAGCUCAGGGGGCGGGGCCUGCAGGUGGGCGGGGUCCCGUGUCACGUGGGACGCGCCGAGGAGCGGGAGAGGAUGGUGCAGGCGGCCCUGGACACGUUUGGCGCCAUCGACAUCCUGGUGUCCAACGCCGCUGUCAAUCCUCACUUUGGCCCCGCCCUCGAGGCCGACGAGAGCACCUGGGACAAGGUGUUCCAGGUGAACGUGACGGCGGCGGCCAUGUUGGUGCGGCUGGUGGUGCCGCACAUGGAGAAGCGAGGGGGCGGGGCCAUCAUCCUGAUGUCAUCAAUCGCCGGCUACCAGCCAAUGAUGGGGCUGGCGCCGUACAGCGUCAGCAAGGCCGCCAUGUUGGCUCUGGUGGCCGCGCUGAGCCCGGAGCUGCUGCCGAGAGGGAUCCGCGUCAACGGCGUGGCCCCGGGGCUCAUCCGCACCCGCUUCAGCGCCGCC